AUGAAUACCCAUAUGACUGCUAAAGAAAUACGCAAUGCCUACAUUGACUUUUUUAAAGAAAGAGGUCAUACAUAUGUUCAUUCUUCUUCAACAAUUCCUUUGGAUGACCCCACCUUAUUAUUCACAAAUGCAGGGAUGAAUCAAUUUAAACCAAUUUUUUUGGGAACUGCUGAUCCCAAUAGUGAUUUAUAUAAACUAGUACGUGCUGUUAAUAGUCAAAAAUGCAUAAGAGCAGGUGGUAAACAUAAUGAUUUGGAUGAUGUAGGGAAGGAUGUCUAUCAUCACACAUUUUUUGAAAUGAUGGGGAAUUGGUCAUUUGGGGAUUAUUUUAAAAAAGAGAUAUGCAACUGGGCCUGGGAAUUAUUAACCGAGACAUUAAAAUUGGACCCUGCACGUCUUUAUGUCACCUAUUUUGGAGGAGACUCAUCACAGGCACUUGAGCCUGAUAACGAAUGUAAACAGAUAUGGCUUGACAUUGGUGUGAAACCCGAUCAUGUGAUACCAGGCAAUAUGAAAGACAAUUUCUGGGAGAUGGGCGAAACAGGUCCAUGUGGACCUUGUUCCGAAUUACACUAUGAUAGAAUUGGGGGUCGCUCAGUACCACAAUUAGUUAACCAAGAUGAUCCGGAUGUACUGGAAAUAUGGAAUCUUGUGUUUAUUCAGUUCAAUCGAGAAAGUGAUGGGUCAUUGAAACACCUUCCAAAGAAGCAUGUCGAUUGUGGCUUAGGAUUAGAAAGACUCGUGUCUGUACUCCAAAAUAAGAGAUCUAAUUACGACACUGAUUUAUUUGUACCUAUAUUCGAGGCUAUUCGGAGAAAUACUGGAGCUCCUCAAUAUCAAGGAAGAGUUGGUGAAGAUGAUGUUGAUGGCACUGAUAUGGCUUAUCGAGUUCUUGCUGAUCAUGCUCGUACUUUAACGAUUGCUCUAUCAGACGGAGGUACACCGGACAACACCGGUCGGGGCUAUGUUUUACGCAGGAUUUUAAGAAGAGCCGUACGCUACGGUACAGAAAAAUUGAACGCAAAACCAGGAGUCUUUGCUUCUCUGGUUCCUGUAGUUUGCGAUAUUCUCGGAGACACUUUUCCAGAAAUACAGAAAGACCCUCAAAGCGUUAUGGACAUUAUUAAUGAAGAAGAAGAACAAUUCUUAAAAACUCUGUCAAGGGGUCGUAACUUACUUAAUCGCACCAUCACAAAAAUUGGAGAAAAUUCGAAGUGUUUACCUGGAACAGUAGCAUGGAGACUGUAUGAUACUUAUGGAUUUCCAGUUGAUUUAACGUUAUUGAUGGUAGAAGAAAAAGGUCUGAGCGUUGAUAUGGAUGAAUAUGAAGAGGCAAAGAAGCAAGCUCAAAUUAUCUCACAGAACAAAGCUGGUGGAGUAGAAGACACCGUAAAUUUAGACGUUUACGCUAUUAACGAAUUGCAAAGUCAAAAAUUACCUCCUACCGAUGAUCAAGCUAAAUACAAUUAUCAUUCCAACGGUGAUAUCAACAGCGAGUACAAAUUUCAAUCAUGUACUGCAACCGUUGUAGCUUUACGACACUCCAAACAGUUUGUCGACAAAAUAUCGAGCGGUCAAGAGAGUGGAAUUAUUCUUGAUAAAACGUCGUUUUAUGCCGAACAAGGAGGACAAAUUUAUGAUACAGGAUUUAUAGUUAAAGCAGGGGAUGACAGUGUGGAGUUCGCAGUAAAAAAUGUUCAGGUUCGAGGUGGUUAUGUGAUUCAUAUAGGAACAGUCGAAGGGGUGCUUUGUAAAGGAGAUAAAGUAGAAUUAUAUGUAGACACUUCUAGAAGACGCCUAAUAAUGAAUAAUCAUACUGGAACACAUAUUUUAAACUAUGCUCUUCGUGCCGUCCUCCAAACCGAAACAGAUCAAAAGGGUUCAUUGGUUGCCCCUGAUCGUCUGAGAUUCGACUUUAGUAAUAAAGGUGCAUUAACUACGGAACAAGUAAAAAAUGUUGAAUUAAGAUCAAAAGAGCUGAUUGAUAAAAAUGGAAGAGUUUAUGCAAAAGAAAGCAGUUUGGCAGUGGCUAAAACGAUCAAUGGUUUAAGAGCUGUUUUUGACGAGACUUAUCCCGAUCCUGUGCGAGUCGUGAGUAUUGGAGUGCCGGUGGAAGACUUGGAAAAUGAUCCUUUUGGACCAGCGGGUAUGCAUACUUCGGUGGAAUUUUGUGGAGGAACUCACUUGCAUUAUGCUGGACAUGUUGGAGAUUUCAUCAUUGCUAGUGAAGAUGCCAUAGCAAAGGGAAUUAGAAGAAUAGUUGCUUUGACUGGACCUGAAGCCACGAAGGCUUUAAAGAAAACGGAACUUUUAGAAAAUUGCCUCAACGAAUUAAAAUCUGCUAUAGACUCGGAUAAUACGUCUAAUGAUACAAAAAAAUACGUUAAAAAAAUCGUUGAAUUGACCAACGAAAUUUCUCAAGCCGUAAUUCCCUACUGGAAAAAAGAUGAGCUUAGGAAUGUUUUAAAAGGUCUUAAAAAGAAUCUUGACGAUAAAGAACGUGCUGACAAAGCUGCCAUUGCCAAUCAAGUUAUCGAAGACGCGAAGAAAAUUAUUACGGAAAAUAAAGCUCUCGUUUUAGUGGAAGUAUUGAAGGCUUAUUCGAACACAAAGGCCUUGGAUUCUGCUCUUAAACAAGUGAAAACAUUAACUCCGAACACAGCCGCAAUGUUCUUUAGUGUUGAUAAUGAUGCUGGUAAGAUAUUCUGCUUAUCAAACGUACCGAAAGAAGCUGUGGACAAAGGUUUAAAGGCAAAUGAAUGGGUGUCUCAAAUCACGCAACUUAUUAAAGGAAAAGGCGGUGGGAAGGCAGAAUCUGCACAAGCUUCCGGUACCAAUCCUGCUGCUCUGAAUGAAGCACUUCAAUUAGCUAGGAAAUUCGCUUUAACGAAAUUAUCCUAGCAAAAUUGAGAUAUUUAAUUAUAAAUUAAAUCGUAUUUAUUGUUUCAUUUUUAAUAAAAAAAUACUACCAAUAACAUACUGUCAAUUUAUUAUCAACCUAAUGAAUAGCAACAGCGACUUCGUCGCUAUAUUUUUGCUGUUAAAAAUAUGGCCGAAACGUUGUAACUGUACAUUAGGUUGUUAAUAAAUUGACAACAUGCCAUUAAUAGUAUUUUCUAUUGAGA